AUGUUAUUGCUACUACUUUUCGCUGCGCUCAAUUCGGCGACGAAAAAUAACGUGAAAAAGUCGACUAUUUCCUGCGACGGACUCGUGUUUCAACAAGUGUACUACGAUCGACAUCUCAUUAUGAAAGACCUCGGCAGACCGUACAACCUGAUGAUGCACAAGUACUCCGGGACGCUGUUCUUUAGUGAGACAAUUAGAAAUAACUCGGACAUCGACUUUGAGAUUAAGGCCUGUGAUCUUAAUAAAAAGAAACCAGAGUGUCACGUCGUUAAGGGCGUUCCUGGUGGCUAUGCCAUCGCCUACGACGCUGGUAACGAUGACGUAUACUUCGGAGGGCACAGCGGCAUUUACAAGUACGACUUCAUCAAGAAAGAAGCUCAAUUCUUCUCGGAAAAGGGAAAGUCAAUUUGGGGUUUAUUCGUGAGAAGAAAUUUCUACUACAUAGAGUAUCCGUCGCAGACGCUACACGUAUACCAUAGAGACGCCUUCGUGAAAGUCGCUGAAGCUAUCAACAUAGAAGUGGACAUCUUCUUCAAAUCAAAGAUGGGCGAAGUGUAUUUCUCCAAUAAGACCGCGUUAUACAAAGUCGAGAAACUGACGAGAUAUCCAAUCGUGUUGAGUGACAGCAUCUCAGUGAGACAAAUAGCUGAUGACACCUUCGGUGAUGUUUAUAUAUGUGCUACAGAUGGAGUGUAUCUAGAAGAGAAACCAUAUCUUAGAGUGAAGAAGAUCGCAGACAUACAGGACGCGUAUGGUCUGACGUUUGACGAGAGAGACUACGUAAUAUACUCAGAUAAAACGUCGGUAUACAAGUUACUUCCCAGUAAUAAGAGUAAAAUUUGCUCGGACGACUAUAUGGUAUUAGAUGAGGAUGAGAAUGUCACAGAUAACGCAAGAGAUUUGUUAAUUAGUUAA